AUGGAGAUAUUACUGAAAGUUGAUACGGAGAAGAAGGGGGUCAAGAGAAUCGCACUCGAGUUUCAGGGCGAUCAACCCUGUCUUGUAGUGAUGUACACAACCCCGGAGAUCGCGAUGUACGAGUUACAACUCGUCGUGAAUAGCAAAAAUGUUGACACUCAAGAACCCACGGUCACCGUUGCCGUUGCAUCUGACAUCACGUUGAGUGUAAGGGAAUCUCGCGUCCUCCAGCUGUCAGAGGAGGCUUCUGCUUUAGCGAUUGCAAGGUCCUCUCGCCAACUGGUGGUGGCAGUCGCUCAAAUUGGUGGAAUUGUCGAUUUUCUAGCACUUAACGGGACGCGUUUCCGUCAGCUACAGACAAACGCCUCGAUUGCAGCGAUGGAGACGCGGAGAAACCUCUUGGCGCUCAGCAAUGACACAGACGUUGUCAUCUCCUCGAUGACACGAGCUCAAGGCUCCGUCUUCCACGUUUGUCCAGGGUCGUCAGCGAGAGUAUCAUCUAUCACGUUUGACGCAAUGCAACCUGAGAUCAUGUACGUCGGCACUCAAAGAGGAGAGAUCCUUGUGUAUGCUGUCAACGCCGGUGCACCUGCUGAAGUGCAGGCCUGUCGACUUCUGUCUCGGUUAUUCGUCACUAAAGCCUCUGAAGAUGCGGCUCCAGUAGCACUUGUCACUACAAAGUCGUACGUUAUCGCCGCCGGACCUCAAGAUAUCGCAGUCUUUAACGUAUCGAAAACCCAGAAAACUGAAGCUUCUCUCGCAAAAAUGUGCUCAAUCAAGCUAAACAAUCCAGCGGAGAACAAGCAGUUCAAUCUCCCUGCUAUGGCGUUUUCCGAUGGAGCCUUGGGUUCUCAUCUCGCCAUUAUCAGCAUGGGUGCCAAUGGAGAAGACAAACUUACAGUGUUUCAUAGCCUGCUCCCUGACUGUUUCUUUAUCCUGUAG